CCAAUAUAUAUAUAUAUAUCAAUGUAAGAAAACCAAUAUAAACUAAAAGAAAAUAUGUAAAAUCGCCAGCAUGGUUACUUAAUUUGAGAACAUAACAUUAAUCAUUUUAUUAACCUUGACUCCAAUUUCCAUCUUAUAACUAAUAUACCCAUUUUUACACAUAAAGUGGGGGAGUGUUAAAAAUUGUAGAAAGAGUGUAUGAUGUGUGCCUUUUUUUUAGAAAACUGAAAGAUGCUUUAAUUUGUCGAUAGAAUGAAAAGAUAGAUGCCUGGCUUGUGUUGUGUGAGCAUAUAUAAAUAGAAGCAUGUUCAUGGACAGUGGACAAAGACAACUGUAAACUAGUACCUUUACACAGAAAGCUUAUACUAGUAAGCAGCUAAGAAUGGAUACCUUUUUUCUUGGCUCAAGGCAAUCCAUCAUCAUCUGGAAGCAAGGAAUUGCACUUUUUUCCUUGAUUUCUUUAAAAGCAGAACAUGCUUUUGGAUUAUUGCAUCAAACAAUCUAGGCAAUUGACAUUUGGUGGUUAAUUUCAUUGCUAUGCUAUGAGCAGUCUUUGCUUUGACGUCCAAGAUGGUGUUUCAAGAUCAAUCUCUGAGGCACCACCAACUCAUUACACUCUCAAAAUACACUACUUUUCCUUACUAGCAAAGAAUUCAAUAGAAAGAUAUGAAUCAGGGGAAUUCCAAGCAGGAGGCUACAAAUGGAAGUUGGUUGUGUACCCAAGUGGAAACAAGAAUAAGAAUGAGAAAGAACACGUUUCUGUUUACUUGGCAAUGGUAAGAGAAAAUUGGCUCCAGACUGGUUGGCAGGUGUAUGCUGAUUUCAGCUUGUUUCUGCUUGAUCAGAACAAGGACAACUACAUGGUUCUUCACGAUGCAGAGGGAAGGGAAAGGCGGUUUCACGGAUUGAAACUUGAAUGGGGAUUUGAUCAAUUCAUCCCUCUUAAAGCUUUUAAUGAUGCAAGUAAUGGGUUUCUGGUGGAUGAUACUUGUGUAUUUGGGGCUGAAGUCUUUGUCUGUAAAGAAAGGAGCACAGGGAAAGGAGAGUGUCUAUCAAUGAUUAAGGAUGCUGUUAUGAACAAGCAUGUGUGGAGGGUUGAGAAUUUUUCUAAGUUGGAUGCAGAAUGCAAUGACUCCAAAACUUUCAACGCUGGAGAUCACAAAUGGAAGAUAAAGCUAUAUCCCAAAGGAUAUGGCAAUGGAGUGGCCACUCAGCUCUCUCUUUAUUUGGCUCUCUCUGAUCCAACAGCUCUGCCUCCUGGCACUAAAAUAUAUGCAGACUUCACCCUGCGUGUUCUCGACCAAAUGAAUGCCAAGCACUACUUUGGCAAAGCUAGUCAGUGGUUCAGUGCCUUAGAUUUUGAGCGUGGUUGGUCUAGAUUCAUGUCACUGAUCCACUUCACCAACUCGGGUUAUUUGAUCAGAGAUACUUGCAUUAUUGAGGCAGAGGUUACCGUCCACGGAGUUGCCAAUGCACUGUAACCAUAAGCUACUUUUUAUGAAACUUGCAAUACAAUCUGCCCCGUAAUGUGUAAUCGGCUUGUCGAUUUAUACAAACUGUUUCACUGAAUGUAUAUUUUCAUACUUGCUUUGCUAACGAAAA